GAUGGCCGCCCCGCCCCGCCCCGCGCCACCGCCUCGUCCCGCCCCGCCGCGAUGGAGUCGGGGAGGCUGCAGUACCUGCAGGCGCUCGUCACCGAGUUCCAGGCGACGGAGAGCGCAGGCGCCCGCGAGCAGGUCCUGGCCAACCUCGCCAACUUCGCCUACGACCCCGGCAACCACCCGCUCCUGCGGCGCCUUCGCGUCACAGACCUGUUCCUCGACGCGCUCGGAGAGCCCAGCGACGCCCUCGUGGAGUUCGCGAUGGGCGGUCUCUGUAACCUCUGCCUGGAUAAAAUCAGCAAAGAGUACAUCUUGGAGGCAAACGGGGUAGAGCCCAUCAUCAACUGCCUCUCCAGCCCCAACGAGGAGACGGUCAUGUCAGCAGUGACUGCGCUGAUGUAUCUGACCACGCCACAGUCACGCCAGCAGACCACAGCCCUCCCCGUGGUGGAGUGCAUGCUUCGCUUCUCCCUCUCAGCCAACAGAAGGCUAAGCAACCUGGCAACCAUCUUUCUGGAGGAUUACUGCACGCCACUGCAAGUGGAAGAGGCCAGGAGCCUAAGUAAACACACAGCGGUGGGGAUUCCUCUCCCCAGGGACUGAUGCUGUUGGAGCUGCUGAGAGGGAGACCUCCUGUUUUCCCUGUGCCUCCACUUUCUGCUCAGGUUGAGUGCGUCACAAACGUUAGAGAGGGAAAUCGAUCAUUCCAGUACUGGAUUUAUUUAGUAAAGAGGGCAGUACAGGAUGACCAUGUCAGUAAAACUGCACGCAAAUCUUUAAGAUCAAGCAGGGCCUGGCUGCUGGAGAGCAGGUCGCCACACGCGGCCCAGCACCAGCUCACAGAAAUAACCCUCCCAGCAACUGGGGGCGGGGGGGGGGUUCCUGCUUGGGUUAUCGGGCAGCUUAUAUCCUCCAGGUCCCGGCUGCUUUGCUCCUCAUCAAGUGUUGACUCGAAUGACUUCGAGAUGUCACACCAACUUUAUUCCCCCUGCAGCAGGAGGAAGGCAGUGCCCCACCCCACGGUUUGCAGCCUCACCAUGUCCCUUUGGUACUAAGUGUGCCAUCCUGCCAUUGUGGCCGGCGAGUCCCUCUGCAGGGCAGUGCCCUGUAUCCUAGUAACUGGGAAGUGGAAAGUUGUUUGUUUUUCUUCCAUUACCACUGGUGAGAAAGGCAAAGAGUGAAAAAAGGGUUCCUGGCACUCUGGCUCAUGAGAGCAGCUGCCUUGUAAAACCUUUUCUUAAUAAAGCAUUAACUUAAAUGCUGUGUAAACAGUCUCACACAAGCUCAUAAAUAUCUCUGCACUUGCAGCCUGAUUCUUGCCCAUUCUUACGCUCAUGGGCCAGAAACUGAAGCCAUCUUAGUCUCCCUUCAUUAUGGAUCAGUGAUGCAAGAGGCAACCCAAAAGCCAGGGUGGCCAAAUACAUAAAAUAGAAAAGCAUUUGUCCUCCCUACCCUCCCAGGAAAGCAUUUCUCCCCAAGAUCUCAUCCCAAUCUCCCUUCUAUCAGCUGAAAACCAUUCCUCAUGUCCUGUCGC